ACCGUCUUGGCCUGCAUGAGGCAUGGCUCUGGGGUCCGUACUAACUGAUUGGGUUCCAGCCAGAACGGCGAAGCAAUGCGUAGUGCCAGUCCAUCUGUCAAGUUCGCGACCACAUAAGGAAAACACAGGCGACUAUAUGGUCUUUCCACUGUAGACGACGACGACGACGGCGCCAAUGACGAUGAUGACGACGACGACACAGAAGAAGCAAAGCUGUCUUGGUGCAGAGACAUUCCCCUACUAGGAGUUUUGGCCAAGACAGCAUUCUGGUGAACUAGUGGACGGCGCGUGCUCACAUCAAGGAGCAGGCAUAUUUAGGAAACCAUUGCUCCAGUCGAAUGGGCUCUGGUGGCAGGGCGGUCCUCCGCUGCUGUCAUUCCCUCUAGGAUGGCCGACAGCAGCGACGCCACCAUGACAAGCAGUCAGGAAGAAGAGAAUACGACUGACGUCUCCGAGAAUUCGCGCAAGAGGAAGCGGCUGAGCGCUGUCCUGGACAAGCUGGCCACCCAGGUCGAGAAACGUGGAAAUUCUGACGACGAUCGCAGCCUUCCCCUUGCCUCGGACAACGCCUCCCAUGAAGACGAUCAAGAUGAUGACGACGAAGACGACGAUGACACCUUAAGCAGCCACAGUUCCAUAAGCACAGCGGGAAAACCGUCGUCACCCGAAGACAGUUCAGAGCAUAGGCGAGGCUCCCGCUCAAAGGAAGGAACAGACUCCGCGUUCAACGUACAAAUUCAGCGCGGUCUCGACGACACGAACGUUAGGGUUUCUUCCAGCCACACUGUUCUUCCAUCUCCUCUUCCGCAUGCAAGUGGUCGAAGCAAGGCGCAAACUCCUCCAACAAAAAGACCUGCGUUCCACGAAGACCGCGUGUCGUCCUCAGCUGACAGCAAAAGUGACAUUGGCGACGAUGAAGAGUGCUCGCCUGCUAAGUGUCGUCGAAAUGGGUUAUUCACUCCUCCUACGUCAGACUCUGCCUCGGCUAGCACAGGAAUAGGGAGUGGAGAACGGGAAUCCCACCGCGGCAUUCCGAGCCCCGAGGAACACGACAACGACGAUGAAAACGCAUCUUUUCUUAAUGGCAGUGACGACCUGUUCGUGGCCGACCCAGCACCAAAGGUGGCAUCUCCACUUCCUUUCUUAGAGUCGCAAAGUGCACGUCCUCUUACCAAACUGACGUCGAAGCACCAGUCGCACGCAGUCCCGCCUCCAACAUUCCCCAUUUGCAACUGCCGUCACUGUAGGCUGCUAGCGGGUCAAGCAGCCUCGGGACGAUUCGCAGGGCAUCCCCCACCUCUCAUCAUUCCUUGGGACGACAUUCACCACGAGCGGAGCUUUCUGGACGGCCUAAAGCUGCUGCCUUCUUCCCCGGUUUCACCGCUCACCCCCGUGUCUCCUGUGCCCGGAGCGUUGGACCACGUUCUGCAAAUGCACCUGCUACCUGACAUGAUCAGGAGAAGAAGCAACUCCGACUCCGACAUGCAUCAGUGGGAGGCAGCAACACCAGUGCCUGUGCGUCGUGGUGCUCAAGUAAACUGCCCGGAAGCUAACUUUAGGACAAACAGUGGCCGCCGGGGCAACCCGCCAAAACUAUUGAGAAUUUCCCAAGUGCUCAGCAAAUCCGGUAGCCUCGAGUCAGAUCCGUCCACUCCUCAGGACUCUCCUCUUGAUCUCUCUGUAAAGUACGAUUCCAGUAGCCCCCGGUUGCACAGUAUGUCUCCCUUUGGCAUGGACGUCGUCUCGUCUCACGACAUGUUCCCCAGGAUACCGCUCCUACCCUACGACAACACGGUUCUCGGUUUGCCUGGCGAAAGGAGUAAGGGCAGGACAAUACCUUCGGACAAGCGAGAAUCAUUCCGAAAAACACCAACGUCAACAACCGAUCCCCACCGUCCCGAGAAAACACCACGGAAGAGCCGAUCUUCCUCCGGGUCUUCUGAACAAAACGCCAAGAACAACAAAAACCACCGUGGAUACGUGUGCCCUGUUUGUGGUCAGAUGUUUUCGCAGUACGACCGUCUGGCUAAACACAUGGCGUCGUCACGGCACAAGACCAAGUUGCCUGUGAACGGGCAGCCUCCUAGCGGAGCCAACAGCUUACCAGCGAGCGCGGACGCUUCGUCCACCACGAAAGCCUACGUGUGUGAGGUCUGCAAGCGAUCCUUCGCACGAAGUGAUAUGUUAACGCGGCACACGCGUUUACACACGGGUAUCAAGCCUUACACUUGCAAGGUGUGCGGACAAGUGUUCAGUCGAAGUGACCAUUUGAGUACACACCAAAGGACUCACACGGGUGAAAAGCCGUACAAAUGUCCAUUGUGUCCGUACGCUGCCUGUCGGCGGGACAUGAUCACGAGGCACAUGCGAACGCACUCUCGUUACGACUUACCCGACAGCAGCUCCAGCCUGGAGGAAGACUCGCCAAAAAGUGUGGAGAACUCUCAGGGUCGGGACACACCAAAAUUGAGUGCCUUACAGAACUCGGACUCAACCACGGGUAGUCCACCUAAAGUGAAGCUGGAAGUGGACGCCGUCACAACGCGCUGAAGGCUAUUUCGUCCAAAGAACUCAAGACGCCGUCCCCUUCUGUACAGCCCCACUGGUCAAAGGACAAGUCUAAAGAGCAAGCCAUGAAGCGGCCAUCAUUGUUGAUAUCAUCUGCGCCGUCGCUGGCAAGUCAUUCAGUCGUCAUGCAAACGGACGCAACAGCCGCUCACAAGCGCGUGUGCGCUUCCAAACCAAUGGUGUGAUAUUUCUGUACAUAUAGGAGUUAAGCAUAGGUUGCGUUUUAUAUUUGCUCAUACCCGUCAUAAGUCAUGCGUAGGACGCGUCUUUUCGAAGGCAUUUAUUGCACCUUUCACACAUUGCCUUUUCUUUAUGUUGAUUGCUCCCUUAUUGUUCCCACCUCGUCCAUGUUUACACGCGGCUUCAAAACUCAGGCACUCCCAAUCAGUGGCCAAAGUGGCAGGAUACUCAAAAGUCCCGGUUGCGGAGCCCCGUGCGCCUUGUGGAUUGUUCACAUCUAUGUUUGUUUUCCCUGUUGUGAGAAUGGCACUUUUUUCUUUCUUCCUUUGCACCUGUGGCGCAGACGGCACGUUGUUAAUACGUACCACGAUCUCUUAGUCGGACAAGGGUAUUUCUUUAUGGUUGCGCAGUUGAAUGGGUUUGCAUUGUUUGAAUUUAGCGUGUAGACUCUGGAACAUGCGGCCUUGUUUUUGUGUACAAAGGCAUCCGCGCAGUGCUACCGAAACGGCCUUUGAUUCUUGCAUUUGUAAUGUAGGUGUUUAGAUUUUUGUUCAGUGCAAACUUGCUUUCUUCACGUAGUCUACCACCGUGUAAACGCAAUGAUAUAACAUCCUCCGUUGUGCGUGCCUUUCCAUAGAACGUCGCUGGCCAUGAACGCGCUAUGGCUAAAAGAAGACUAGUGCCAUUGCCCAUGCCGCGGCAAAGCUGGAUGCCUCAAUUGUAAGGAUAUGACAGACCGUAGUAGGAAACAUAGAAAUAGGUACUGCUCUUCCCGCUUCACCAUUCGCGUGAAAUGCUCAUCUAACGUAGUGGCUUUGCGGGUCUUUGUACAAAAAUUGCGGGAUUCUGAAGUACAAAGACACCUCAGAGGCAGGUGUAAAAUUGUUAUUGUGCGAUUUCUUUUUGUUCUUCUUCCCUGUGAUGCAGUUGCGAAGAGUUUGUGCUCACAUUGUACAGCACAAGAGUUUGUUCUUGUUGGAUUUUCGGUCUUUCUGUGUUUCGUUGUCGUAUUCUAGUGCCAAAUAGUUAUCGUUUCAUGUUCAACUACUGUCGUGUACUGUUGCGCAGUUCCUCUGUACAAUAGUGUCGUGAGUUCAGGGACCGUUUGUGUGGGAUUGAUUCAUGGUGUGCCUGAGGUCGAAUCGGUAAUGCCGUUCAAAGACGUCCAUUUUUCACAGAGCACCACCUGACCAGCCUACGCGAUCAGCCUAGUUAUCAGCACCAGUAACAUGGCCAGAGUAUAUAGGUUCGCAAGAUACGAAAAGAAAAGAAGAAAAAAAUAUUCGUCGUGCCUGCAUAAGCUCUUUAGGUGUCGCUCUCACACUACCGACGGCGUCAAUUGCUCAAACUGUUACGUAGAGCUCACAUCAGCCCCUGACAGCUCUAUCAUUCGUACCCCUCGCCCUUUCCAAACUGUUACUCCUUCCCGCGGAAGCGAAAUGCAAAAACAACGGUUUGCCUAGCUCUUGCAUUUGCUCAAGUUGAGUUUGUUGUCCGCGACAGUUUUCCCAUCUGUCGCUCUCUGGAUGAAUGUGUCCACUAUAGGCAUUAAUUACUGACUGUAGAAAAGAACCCCUUGUGAUCAUCUACCGCAACAUUCCGAAGUUGUUGUUUUAUAUCGCAGUACUUUAAAGGUAUAUAUAUUUAUAAGAACGAAAGUGCUUAUUUAUGUGUAUAUUUUAAACAUGUCGCGUCGCCUCCUGACCUGCAGGUGUGGCCCCCACUCCCACUAGAGCAGAGGAUCAUAUUAUUGUACUACACUUCCAUCUUCUGCUCACACCUUUUUCUAUCAUAGUUCAAUAUAGUACAAUGUUGGAUUCUAAACGGCCUUCGUAUGUGUAAAGAAAGCCCAAUCCCGGUGAUUUCAGGCGCCAUGUUGACUCAUGCACCAACUUUUCCCCACCUACAGGAGGCACGUUCGUUCACAUACCUUGUACGUGUGUCAGCUUUUGCUUUGUUUCGAGUGUUAUAAAAGAGGACCUCUGA